AGUGCGGGUAGAUUGAAUGUUGAAGGGAAAAUCAAAAUAGGAAUGGAGGAUCCUAAAAAUAUGGAUAGUAGUUGGGAAUUUAACGCACCUCAGUUUGUUGAUUUCUCAACUGCAUGUGACGAUGAAGACGUAGACCGUUGGUUUGAUGUUGAUCAUGAAAAUGAGAAAGAAGAUGAAGACAUUUGUAAUGGAGUGGAUGUCAUUGAGGAUGCUGAAAAAGAGAUUGAAAAACUUGAGGGUACACCGAAGCAAGAGUCUAGACGUCUAACUAGAUCCAUGUGUCACACUCCUGUAAAUGAGAAAGGCCUACCUGAGGCCUCAGAAGAGAGUAAAGAUCAAACAGAAAAACAAAAAACAGGAAAGCUAAAUGAUUCCUUACCAUCAAACUUGUGUACACUGAGUGGUUGGAAGAAAAGGACAAAGUCCAGAACAGACCAACAGCCUGAAGGGAAAAGAAAAUCACCUCCUCAGCUGAAGAAAGGAUUACAAGACUCUAAACAGAAAGCUGUUAAGAGACAGAACAGAUCUCUAGAGGGAGCACAGAAGAGUGAAGUAGAUCCAAAGAAAUUACGUAGAUCUGUGGCCAAUAAUCAGAAUGGUAACAUCAAACGAUCAGGAUCUUUCUCUAGAUUACCUGCUCCUAAUGGCAGACCUAUGAUAGGUAAAGCAGGGAAUCCAGCUCUUAAUACUAGUACUGGGGCCAAGAGAGUUCCUCAGAGGACAAGAUCAGUCUCUUCCAUACCUGUUCCAAACAGCCCUCGCAGAUCUGUGGACACAAAAGAACCUGAACUUAAGAAGUUAACCAUGCCAACCACACCCACCUGCUUAAAACGCAACCCAGUCAUCAAACCUGCAAUGGUGAAAAACACAGAACAGAAAGAAUUAGAAACUAUUGCACAAUUUCGACAGAAACUUUCUAAACAAUUGAAGCAAAACCAAGAGAGCUACAAGAAGGCUGUGGAAGCACCAGGUUAUGCCCCUGCUCAUUCUAAAUCCAAACCUACACAACCACAGGAGUUUAGAUUUCAAACAGAUAACAGAUUAAAGAACCAGCAGACUGACAUACAGUCUACCAGUCCUGUUGACUAUGUUAGAACACUCCGGUCGGAAUCAAAUAAACCUACUACGCAUCAGCCACAGUCCAUUAAAGGAAUCACAUGUCCCAAACCAUUCAAUCUAACGGAGAGUAGGAAAAGAAAAAUAAGUCAGUCCACAGAAACAUUAAAUGAUUCAUACCAUUCAACAGCCGAGAAACUCAGGGCUUUUGAGAAACAAACUCCAGACAGGUUUAGGUCAAAACCAAGAGCAGGAAGAGAACCAGUGACAAAGAAGGGUUCUGCUCCAGUCAUGACAGUACCAGUUACUCCACAGCUAGUAUCCCGUACUAGAUCACGUCCACAACAUAUACCUAGUCAACAAGAUUUAGAGGAACAAGAAGUGGAAGAAAUGAAAAAAAAUCAAUUCAAAGCUCAUCCAGUGAACCAGAAAAUAUUGCAGAACCCAGCAACUGGGGUUAAAAAAGUUCCAUCUAAACCAACAACACAAGUGGAGGAAUUUAAUCUGGAAGGUCUAAAACGUAACCAAAACAAGUCCAUAGAAAAAAAGGAAGAAAAAUAUGAAUUUCAUGCACAGCCUGUUCCUAAAGAUAUACUUGAAGGUCCUGUGGGAUUAAAGGAAGUGAGGGCAAAACCAGUAACAGUGCCUCAUUCUCCAGCAUUCGCAUUAAAACACAGAGUAAGGAUGCCUAUAGAAGUUCCUGAGGAACCAGAGACAAACAAAUCGUACAGUAGAAGGAAAAUUCCACAUAGUGGUAUACCAUUCCAACCAGCCUUGAGUCAUAAAAGUACCGUUCCUGAACCUUUUGGUUUUGAGGAACGGGACAAAUCUCGUAUGGCUGAGAAGGCAGCCAAAACAGAACAGUUUCUUCAUGAGGAAAAAAUGGCUAGAGAGUUCAGAGCUAACCCUUUACCAAACCCUUCAGCUGAUAAUUUACCAACAAAACAAGUUAAACCAGCUACUAAACUAGAACCUUUUCAUCUGGACACAGAUUGCAGGUUAAAUAGAAGCGAAGAGAGAAAAAGACAGAUUGAGGAAGAAUUACAUCCCAAAGUACAGUUUAAAGCCAGACCUCCUGAAGUUCUCAGAAAAGAGCCUUUCAUACCAGAAAAAUCUACCAAACCUUUAACAGACAUUAGUGAAUUUUCCCUUAAUACGGAAAAAAGGGCUUAUGACCGAGAAGGCUUCGAAAUGCAUAAAAAGAGCAAAGAGGCUGAGAUAGAAGCUGUGAAACGAAGAAUAGAAAAAGAGAAAGAGGAAGAAGAACAGAUGGCCAUUGCUAAACUGAGAGCAGAAAUGGUACAUAAAAGUAACCCUGUUAAAAAAUAUACAAACGUUGAAGUUCAACCAAGUGAUAAACCUGUUACAUAUGCAAUGUCACCAAAAUUUGAAACAGACAGACGAUUGCGUAGCAAAGUGAGAGUAUGAUAGUGUGUUUCAUGGAUAAUGAUUGUAAAUGUGUACAUAAGUCGGAUUUUAUACAUGUGUAAAUUGAAACACAUUUUUAUUAUUUUUAAUAAUGCAUAAAAGAAUGUGUAUUAAUAAUACCUAUAUUCCUCCCUAUAUUUCUUUGUAUAUAUACUUGACUUUAAUGUUUAAUUGACAUCUCAAAAAAAUCUCUAAAUGUGUACAAAUGCAUGUUAAGAUGCUUCUAGUAGUUAAACAUCAUUUAGACAGUUCAAUCCUGUUGCAUAGUGAAACUGACAGCAUCUUUUAAAAACUAUUCCAUUGAAACUUUACACACCUUAGAAAGUCAACCUGAAAUAACUUUUAUACUUAUCUUUCUUUGAAAAUCUCUGGGAAUAUAGAUGUCUUCAGUAAGUUGAAUAUUUUUUUUAUUGGUUCACUUGUUAAAAUUAAUAGAUGUUGAAUGAAAAUGUUAUCUGUUCAGCUCUGUCGUUUCAAGAAUUCUGUCUGCAUAUAUGUGUGUUAUUUUUCAAUAUAGAUUCAGUUUAAUGGUAUUAUGUUUACAUGUAAAUAAAUUGUGAAGGUUGAUUUAUAGCAAUCAAUCAAUAAAGGCAGAGGAGGAUUUAGGGGGAGGCAGGGUGCUAGCCCUAUUAUUGAGCAUUAUCUAUGGUUAAUGCAGACUUUGAAAAAGUACCACUCCUAACAUUGUCUUGCCAAUGGAUCCCAUUUUUCAAAAUCCUCAAAAUUUCAAUCGGCACCUGAAAUGUAUCAGUGUAUGAUUGAAGAGGGUCAACAACUUACUAAAUGAACUAGUUUUAUGUAUGGUCUAGUAAGCUGUUAGGAAAAAUUCUCUAAUCACUUUUUUCUCUUUACCUUUAAAGCAUUAAAUCAACUGUAUAAUGGUAUAUAAAUAAUAUAAUACAAUGUAUGUGUAAAAUACAUAUUAAAAAUAUUGGUACAAAUGAUUUCAUAGUUUAGUGAACAUGUUUAUUUUUUGAUAAAUAAACAAAAUGUGAUAUCACAAUGAGACUUCAAAAUAGAAAUCAACAGGCACACAUCAUUGUCACUCAUCAUGGAGAUAUUUAGAUUGAGUUGGGACUGUUCCAAAUUUAAAUGCAGGGGAUUGGAUGCACUUUUUUGGACCCCAACCACCAGUAAUAUAAAAUUUUCAUGUAAUCACUCACAAUUUAUUAAUUUGAGUCCCUUCCAUCCCCCGAUGUGUUAAGGACUGUUCCAGAAUUAAACACUUUUUUAGACCGAAAUUCAACUGUGAUAUAAAAUUAAUUUUACUAAACAUUCUAAGGAAUAUAUUUAACCACCAACAAUUAAUUAAUUUGGGUGCCUCCCAUCCCUCAGCACGAUCAAUUUUAGAACAGCCCUUAGCUACUUAUAAUUUUAUAAUACAUGCUGAGAUGCUCUCACUAAAGCCAUUUAAAUGGAUAUAGCUAUUUAAAAUAAUAACUGUAAAGGUUAUAUAUGAAUAAAUGGAGGUAAGGGGUAUAAUAAAUAUCCACGAGACGGCUCAGACUAGAUAGAAGUUUACAUAUAAGUCUUAUACAGUAGACCAGUGUUUGUACAAUAUUUGAAGCUCUGAUUUUCUGGGAUCUGAUAUCUACACUUUGGCAAGCUGUCUUAAUGCUGUAAUGGGGAGUUAAUUCAUUGUGUAUUAUUAUUAUUUUAAAUUGAUUGUUUAUGUUUGUUUUAAAAGUGUUUAACUUGUUUUAAUUUUUGUUUGUAAAUCGCUAUUUAUUUAUGAGAAAAAUGUGUACAAGGUUAUUACUUUAUAUAACACAUAAGUUAUCCUUCUUCACAGAAAUGUUUUCAAGUUAUAAUUUUGUUGGACAUGUAAAUGUAAAAGGUUGGAAAAAAUGAUAAAGGCUACAAUGGCAGUUCUAUUUAAGUACCAUUCCACUUAAAAUCAAGCAUAUGGGUGGAAAGCCUACAUAUAAUUAUUUUGGAUAUUUUAUUCAGAAUACAAAGAAAUAUCAAAAGCUACCUAUUAUUUUCCUUUAACCUAUGAAAUAUGUAUGAAAAGCUCUUAUGAAAAUUAUAUAAAGGGAGAUAACUUCAAUUUUAUUUUCAUGAACAUGUAUUAUGAGAAAAACCACCACCCAUUUCAUUCAUAUGAAUCAUCUGUUCUGAAAAUUGCAAAAUUUUUACAUGGACUGAAACAUUAUAUUUGAAGGGCAAUUUUAAUGGAGUAGUCAAUUAUAGAUGCAGGUCUCAUAUUUAAAUAAAGUUUCCUGCCUUUUUAGGUAGAAUAUGAAGAAAUAGAAAAUAGAAAGGAACUCACUUCUUUGGGUGUCAGAUUUGAUUUUUUUUUAUUGAAACCACCCUGUAUGUUGUACUUUGCAUGCAAUUGCUUUUCAUUUGUUUUUAAUAUUACAAUAAGUUUAUUGAGUUUUGUGAGCCAUCUCUUCUAACUCUAUUAUUUCCUUUGAUGAUUUCUCUUUAUUCUGUUUGCUGUUUCUGACAUUUUCGUUCUUUUCUAUACUUUAGAGAUUUCUCCGAGUUGUAUCAUAUUUCUUCCUGAAUUCACAUUUUUUUUUGUCCUGUUCUAUUAAUACAAAAAUUGAAACAUGGAUUUCCAAUGUUUUCUAUGUGUGUGUGUGAAUUUUGUUUAUCAAUAGUCAAGUCUAUGAAAUGAAAGUUGAAAAUUUUUUCUCAAUGCCAUGAGUAGCACCUAUUUAUAAUCUUAACUAAUUUAUUUUUGAAAAUCCUAUGACAACACAUUUUCAAAAAUCUCCUACAGUUUACAGCAGAAUGGAGUUCAAUUUACCCUGAAUUGCUUCAUAACAUGUACAGUUGUGAAUCGUUGGAAGAUUUGUGUGGAUAUAAUAUUUUUAGGUUUUUUGAUGACUGCUACUGGUUUUAAAAACGGUUUUAACAAACAUGGUUUUAUCCAUCCACUAGAACCACUAGACUGACGCUUAAAUUGUUGUGGUUCAUUUUUGUAUGUUUUUUUUUCAAAGAACAAAAUCAUGUUAUUUCAUUAAAUAUGCAAUUGGUAGUCUUUGCAGAUUGUUGGCAGAGCCAUUUAAAAUGUUUGUUGUUACUUCAAACUUAACAGAAAGAUGAGUAAAUUUUAAGCAGUCAUUCAAGUCACGCUUUUUUUUUUUUAAAUCAACAGCAAAUUUUUUUUUUUUAAAUGGCUUCUGCUUAUACAUGUAGGUUACAAGUUAAUAUCAAGCAAUGAAUUUAUUGUAGUCAUUAUAAAGUCAAGAAUAGAUGAGGACACUUUACUUUAGUUCUGUUCAAAUAUUGAGAGGUGAGCUUUAUGAGAGAUGGUCCUAAUAUUUAUUAAAUAUAAGAAUACUAAUAAAACCUCCUGUAAACUUAGUGUGAAUGUAACCACUGCCAAAUCAUAGAACAUCCAUCACUAUGACUUAUGUGAAAUUUUUCAACAGAACUGUUACACAGGAUAGCAUAAUAAGUUUUAUCAUCAUGACGGAUAACAUAAAGAUGACCGGUAACGAGUCAUGCAGGUUUCCUGUUUACUGGUAUUUCUGUUAAAAAGGUUUUAUAUAAAGAGGUUAAUUCUAAUGUAAAAUUUGGCAAUUCAAAUAUUUAUGGACCCGUUUUACUUUAUAUGUGAUAGACUGAGAUAAAAUAUGAAAUAAAAUUAUAAUAAUGUCA